UACACUUGGCUUACAACCUCUAUUAUUUUUGGCGAGCAAAAUGCCAUUCGCCAAAAGGAUUGUGGAGCCGCAGCUUCUGUGCAGACACCAGAUCCCCAACGAUGAAGGUCUGCUUUUCGAGGACCUGUGUGCCAUCAGUAAUGUGGUUCUUUCCCGGACCUUGCGACAGCUGUCCGACCUGGCACGGCAUGCCUGCUCCUUAUUCCAGGAGCUGGAAAACGACAUCUUAAACACCAACCAGCGGGUCUGGAUCCUCCAGAACAAAAUAGGCCAGAUACAACAGACUGCCAGUGCCCUAGACCCCAAAAAGGAGGCAGUGCCUGUGUCAAACCUGGAUAUAGAAAGCAAGCUGUCGGCUCACUAUCAGGCUCCAUGGCAUCAGCAACACAACGUGUUUCAUCCUUGCACCCGACCACCGUGUCUGGAGGAGCUACAUAGAAAUGCUCAACUCAGUCUCCGAGCUCUGCACCAAGAUGAACUACAGCAACAGCUGUCCUCAAGUCAGGAAAGAAAUAGGGUGACCAUCUCUAUCUCAGUGGCACCCCCUAUGCCCACCUUCCCGUCACCACACACCAUCCGCCGGCAACAAAGGAGUCGUCUGGCACGAGCGCAAGAAAGAGCAGAGAGAGAACGAGAGAUGGACUACCAACCCAGGAAGGAGAGAACUGUGAGAGAAACGGAGAUCCAGACCAUACAGAGAAAAGAGAGGCCAGGGAAAGAGACAGACAUUCAGACAAUACAAAGGAAGGCUACCUCGACAGGGGAGGAUGAAAAUGGUGAGGUCUUGGGAGGCCACAUAGUCAAGGCUCCAGUCCCUAGUGCCCCUUUAACCCAGAAUAAACAGACAAACUGGUCAAAGGAAAACAUCCCACCAUCAGAUCAGAAAACGCCUGGUGAUUCUCAUGCCAUCUCCUCAUGUAUCAUCCCAAUUAAUGUCACAGGAGUCGGUUUUGACAGGGAGGCCAGUGCUCGUUGCUCUCUAGUCCAUUCCCAGUCGGUUCUUCAAAGGAGAAGAAAGCUGAGGAGAAGGAAGACGAUCACAGGAAUUCCUAAACGAGUACAACAGGACAUGGACUCGGAUGAAUCACCUGUAGCAAGAGAGCGCACAGUGAUCAUCCAUGCCAACCCACACCAACUCUCUCUCUGUCAAGAAGACGUCUCAAUUAGUGGCCGUCUCCAUCACACUCGUGACUCUGGCUGCCAGACAGAUGAUUUUCUUAUAGCGUGUACAGCUGCUCCCUCCAGAAGGCGCAUUAGAGCUCAACGUUGCCACCAGGGAAUCCCUGCUUCUCUGUCCCAUUCCACUGGCAAUAUUUCUUCCCUGGGUGACCAGUCAGACUCCACAUACACCAUGGCUUCAGUCCAUGGUGGGCGCUUGCGUUCACGUAGCCUUCCACGGGAAGGCGGACGUCUAUUGGACAGCGAUGAAGAUGAUGAUGAUGAUGAUGACAAUUAUGAUGAUGAUGAUGAAGAUGAAGAAUUGUCACCUUAUGAAGCUGAGGACUUUAUUCCACCAGGGCCCAGCCCAAGAAUGAAGAUGAUGUUGAUGAAGGAUGAAGAAGAAAGCACAGAUGAUCAGGCAGCACCUGAGUCAUUGCAACUUGGAAGCUUAAAAAGGUUGCAGCGAUCUAGCGAAAGAGACAGAGGGAGUGGAGGAGGAGGGAGCCCAGAGCAUGGUUGGAUGGAGAGGGGUCGCUCUCGCCUGCCUCGCAAGGCUGACAUGGGUAGCUGUGAAAUCUCAUCCAGUUCUGAUACUUUCAGCAGCCCGAUUCAUUCAGUGUCUACAACAGGAGUUUUAGGCAGCCAUGUGGACCAUAAAGAAGACCACCAGUCAUCAAGUGGGAACUGGAGUGGCUCCAGUUCAACCUGCCCCUCACAAACAUCUGAAACCAUUCCUCCACCUUCCUCUCCACCACUGACAGGCUCAUCCCACUGUGAUUCAGAGCUAUCACUCAACACUGUGCCCAAUGCCAUUGACGAGGGAUUCUCACUCGAUCCUUCAUACCAUUCCGACCUCAGACCCCAGGGCCAGGGCCACAGAUCAAGCUCAUUUACAUCCUCAGCCACAGACCAGCUGGAUGAUGCAGGGGUCAGUACAGCCAGUGAGGGGGAGUGGACAUACCCUCCAGACCAAGACCAGACUGAUCCAGACCAAGACCCAGACCAAACCCAGAAUCUGAAUCAGACCCAUGGACUUGUCCAAGAAUACAGCUCAAAACAAGGUUUAGAAGAUCAGACAUGUUUCAGUGACAAAACAUGCAAUGUUGAAAAAGAGCUUGGCUCUCAUUACUCAUCUGAUAUGGACGGUUUCUACCCAUCCUCUCAGAAUUUUGGGGAGUGUUUGGGGAGUCAGAAUUACAGAGGAUACAUGUAUAACUAUGCAGACCCAGGGCCCGAUUGUGAUCAGUCCAACACUGUGGUAGCACCAUUAUCCCAUGGAGUUUAUUCCCAGCCCUCAGCUGAUUUCAAUGUAGGGACUAUGACUCUUGGAAGGGCUUGUCGUCCACUGAGGAAACUAAAAGUCAAGCCUCCACCACCAAAACGGACCUCUUCACUGAAGGAGACCAGUGGUAGUGUUGAUGUUGGAACGGACACACAAGCAGAUCAAGAUCAACCAAAGAUGGUUAGUGAACAAGAACUUACCUUGUCUUCCACAGAUAUGAAACUAGAACUGGACCUUGAACUUGGAGGUGCUCCAGAACCCUUACAGACAUCCUGUCUAGUGGCAGAGCCUUUGGGAACUUGGGGAGGUAUGGGACUGGGUCAAACCAUGGACAUAGUAGAGCCCAUGUCUUUCAGCUCUGCAGACACACACUCUUUUAAGGAUGAAGGUGCAGUGCAAUCUGACUAUGCAGAUCUGUGGCUUCACAAUAGUGAGCUCAAAUCCAACAACGGUGAGUACACAUCUAUGUCCAACUCCAGCACAGCCACAGGUACCACUGUCAUGGAGUGUAUCAAGUCACCAGACAGCUCUUCCUCUUCUACUGAAACCCCAAACCAGGCCAAUGCCCAGGCUACAGAGAUCAAGACAACUAGUCCACCUCUCCCACCUGGAGACUUUAAACUUGGGUCACCUGAGAAACUGGCUGGCCUAGCGUCACCAUCAAGUGGCUAUUCAAGUCAAUCAGAAACUCCAACAUCAACCUUGCCCUCAUCUUCAGCAGCAUUCUUCCCAGGACCAUUGUCUCCUUCAACUGGCAAGAGAAAGCCCAAAGUACCAGAAAGGAAGUCUUCUCUCUCUUCCUUGCAGCACUUUCCCAGAGAUGGAGCUUCAGUUUCGACCUGCUAUAAGAAAGACCCUGACUUUCCACCUCCACCUUCUCAACUUGAUCUCAAUGUUCUUCAAGGUGGCUAUGUCAGACACACACUAUCCCACCGGACACACCACAUGCACACACUCCACCAUAGCAAACACAGAAUUGCAAAUAUUUUAGCUAGUGGAACAAAGAUGUUGGCUCCUGAGACACCAAAUACUAACCCACUACCAAGUUUAAGCUCUGCUUCAGUAACUCCAAACUCAAAUCUAUUAGUGAUAACUCCAUCUACCCUUCGUUCUGUACCACUCCAUUCUACUAGUCAAUCUACAGAUCAACAGAGUCCUUCCACAACCCAUCAGGAAACAAGUGGAACAGAAACAGUGACAAGACCAAAAUGUCCUCCCAGUAGUUCUACUUGGGGUCCUCCACCUGUUAACGCAAGGCCUCUACCUCCUCGCAGGCCACCUCCCAGACCGCCAUGUCUCGACCACACCUCCUCCCCUGAACAUUCACAACCUACUCCCCCUGGCCGCCACCCUGAUGGACCUCCAUCCUAUGAAAGCCUGCUACUCAGACAGGACCGUUAUGGGCCUGGAACCUUCUGGGCUAUGACUGCCUUCAGAACUCGGCUGGACCCAUCUUCAGACCUUUCUGAGGACAGCUCACCUCUACAUAGACCAGUGCCACGUGCUCCCCACCCUUCACCUGUGGAUCUACACACACAUAUCCACUCUCAUGCAGAGUUCAGAGGGCUCACCCACUCAUCUCAUGCACACUCUGAAUUUAGGGUUUUGGGGGAACGUUCAUUUUCCCAGGAUGAUGAAGAAGAUGAAGAUGAGGAGGAGGAAGAAGAAGAGCAGGUGAAAGAGCCACUGAGGGCUGCGUGUUCCAGAGGAGGCAUGCGAUCUGACCACCCUCCACCCCCAGCAUAUGAAUUUGCUGGGGGAUACCACUCAGACUCAGGGCCCUGGGCUAGUCCAGUCAAAGUGCCUGGUAACACAAUAGAGACAUCGCAUCCUUACCUAAUCAGCGAUGCAAAGAAAGGAGGACAUGAAGUGCAGGAAGAAGAGGGGGAAGUGACAUCAGGUGCUACCAGAAGUGCCCAUCAGCAACAGCCACAAGAGAGCAAAGAUGACUCAACCACUCCUGACACUGAGGAUUACUUUAGCAAAGGUCUGUUGUGUGCCACAGAUUCCACACCAAGUGAUAAUUCACUCUCACCUCUGAUGGAUGACACCAAAGUGGAUGACGAUAUUAUCAUCACAUCACCCAACAAGACCCGUACAACUGAAGACCUGUUUGCAAUGAUACACAGAUCCAAGAGAAAGGUUUUGGGCCGUAAAGAUUCAGGAGACCUAAAUGUGAAGUCCCGUCUCUGCCCUACAGCCCCAGUGAUCACCAGCAAUGUCUCCACCAGCAUUGUCCCUCCAGCCCCUCCACUUAACUUCCCAGCUACUUUAGCCAAUGCUGUUGGGUCACAGCGAGCCCCUGUGCCAAUCUAUCGGAGUGCUAAGAAAUCCAGCACAUCCAAUGAGGAGUUUAAACUUUUGUUGCUGAAGAAGGGUAGCAGGUCUGAUUCUAGCUACCGCAUGUCUGCCACAGAAAUUCUGAAGAGCCCUAUCACUCCUAAAACACCAGGAGAAUCUCUACAGGAAGGGCCCAAUAGACAGGCUGAAGAUCCACCGUCUACACUUCAAGAGCUCCCCAUUUCUGGCCUGGAACCAAUCCAGAUACCAGGCCUUUUUCCAAGGGCAAACUCUGAGAGCUUCACCCCAAAAACCCUGCCCAUGUCAGCUGCAUCUCGACAGGGACGUUCUCGGAUCCCCCCAGUUGCAAACAGCAGUCGCUACAGUACACGCAGUCGCCUCUACACAGCCCCCAUGCAAGCCAUUUCUGAAGGGGAGACGGAGAACUCAGAUGGGAGCCCCCAUGAUGACAGAUCAUCCUAAAACCACCUGAUAAAAGAUGUCAUCUAUUCUUAGCUGUGUCCUACAUUUUACAUGGCCCCUUCUCCUUUUAUAACCUUGGGUAGCUGUGUAAUCAAGACCAAUGGAGUAAUUCUUGCAAAAUACAAAAUCUGGCUGUUCCUGAAAUUCACUCAGUUACUGAUAUACAAUUCAAAGGGUGACCGACUGUUGUUAGAUACUAAACCAUAAAAAGAUGAUUACUGAAACCACGAGGAUAUAAAACUGUACUAUCUUAAGAAUAGUUCCUAUCCUUAAAAGUGCAAAACCUAUUUUGAUUGCAAAGUCUUCUUAAAAAAAAAAAAAAAAAAAAAAAGAACUGUCCCGGAUAUAAAAUUCAAA